CGAAACUGAAAGAGUUUUUUCCUCGACACAGUGAAUCGUCGCUUUUCCCCCGACAGUAGUUCUUCAAAACACUGGAGGUAUCCUUUGGUAUAGUGUUAUAUAGAUAAUAAUGGCAUCUGAUAGCGACGAGUUAAACGUGCGUCUCAUUGAAGACUUCACACCGAGGCUGCGGGAGCUUGUUAAGGUGGAUCAGGUCCUGAUUUAUUUACAUUCGAUCGAAGCCGAUCAAAAGGAGCGGAUCCUAAAAAAGGCCGAGAAUGAUGGCAAUCAAGCGGCUGUGGAUCUCCUCCUCACCGCGGUCACUAAGAAGCCACAUGCGCCUGGCUGGUUCAGGGCAUUUGUGGACGCGUUGGAACAAUCCGGUUGUCAAUAUGCAGCGGACUACAUGCAGCUGAAUAUCCCGGAACCUGAGGUGGAGAAAGAGAAUUAUUACUCUGUCAAGCUUAUUCAGUUACUGGCUCCAAGUCUUAUGGAUAUGAAGACUGAAGUUGUGCGAGUGCAGUGUCUGUCUGCGGAGCUGCUCACAGUGCAGGACGCUGAGAUUAUUGAAACAACAACAGCAAACCAAGGACGCAGGAAUGGUGCCGGUGAACUUCUGAGAAGAAUCGUGAAAUGUCGACCGGGAUGGUUUUCUACAUUUCUCUCAAUUCUGCGUGAAACUGACCACAAGGAUCUUUAUGAGAUGACUGGUGGCUUACCUGACUGUGACAAGAAAGGCUCAGAUGUGAAACAGCCCUCGCAGGAAAAUGAACCCACAGGAAGCGGCAAAGCUGCCACGAAUGAGAGUCCAGCAGCAGCUGAAAGCUGUGGUAGCUCGCAGUUAAGAGGCAACGGCACAACUGAGGACACUCAGGAUGACACUACAGGUCUUUACAAAGGAGUGAGCACUGAAUCUGGAAAAUUGCCUGACAACUUGGAGCCAGCGCAACCUGAUGUCGCUGAAUCAGUAGCAACAGCCAGAAGCCAAGAAAAAGCUGAGAUUGUUCUUCGAGAUUAUCAGACGGACGUUGCCAGACCUGCCUUGGAGGGGAAAAACAUCAUCAUAUGCCUCCCGACAGGAAGAGGUAAAACCAGGGUUGCAGUUUAUAUUACCAAAAAACAUCUGGACAACAGGAGAGCCGAGAAGCAAUCAGGGAAAGUGGUCGUCCUGGUGAACAAGAUUCCUCUUGUUGAGCAGCAUUAUGUUGCAGAGUUCUUGCCAUUUUUGAAGUCCGGGUAUAAAGUGGAGCGAGUCAGUGGAGACUCGCAGCUCAAAAUCUCUUUCACAGAGAUUGUGAAGAACAAUGACGUCAUCAUUUGCACAGCCCAGAUUCUUGAAAACUACUUGGAGAGGUCUAACUCAGGAGAGGACGAAGGGGUGAACUUAAGCGAUCUGACACUUAUCGUAAUAGAUGAGUGUCACCACACUCAGAAGGGAGGAGUCUACAACCACAUAAUGAUGCGCUACCUGAAGCAGAAGCACAAGAACAGGAGGCUGAAGAAGGAGCAGAAGCAGCCCGUGCCCCUCCCUCAGAUCCUGGGCCUGACUGCCUCGCCAGGGGUCGGGGGAGCCACGAAAAUGGAGAAAGCCGAGGAGCACAUACUGCGCAUUUGUGCAAACUUGGAUGCUUCCAAAAUCAUGACGGGGAACCUCGGGAAAUUCACACAGGAACCAAGAAAAACUGUUGUAACUAUUGAAGACAGGAAAGAGGAUCCCUUUGGUGAUGUAAUCAAGACAAUCAUGAAUGCCAUUCAUACCCAUGCUGACCUGAGCCCCACCUGUGACCUUGGCUCUCAGAAUUAUGAACAGUGGGUUGUUCAAAAAGAGCGAAAAGCUGCGACGGAGGAAGAUCAGAAAGUGCGGGUUUGCGCAGAGCACCUUCGGCAGUACAGCGAGGGCCUGAAUCUCAGCAACACCAUUCGUAUGUGCGACUCCUUCAACUUCCUGAGCAAAUACUACGAGGAGGAGAUCAAGAAAAAAACAACACCAGACGAGGAGGCGGAAAUACAAAUCACAGAAACUGAGAGAUUCCUCUUCAAUUUGUUUAAAGAGAACAAGGAGAAGCUGCAGAAACUCGCAGCGCUUCCAGAGUAUGAAAAUGACAGCUUGACAAAACUGAGAAGAACGAUUCUGCAAGAGUUCAGCAGCAGGGAGGAGGGCAGAGGGAUCAUUUUCACCAAGACACGUCGCAGCGCUAUUGCUCUCAGUCAGUGGAUUCAGGAAAACCCCAAGUUUGCUGAUAUUGGAGUGAAAGCCUCAUAUGUCAUUGGAGGAGGAGACCAGAGCAAUGUUAAACCAAUGACCUCUGCAGAGCAAAGGGACGUGUUGGCCAAAUUCGGCAAGGGUCAAGUCAACUUGCUGAUUGCUACCACAGUGGCCGAGGAGGGUUUGGACAUACCGGCGUGCAAUUUUGUUAUCCGAUACGGCCUCGUGACCAAUGAGAUUUCUAUGAUGCAGGCUCGAGGCAGAGGAAGAGCUGAGGACAGCAGUUACACUCUGGUCGAGGUGAAGAACUCCGGGGUGGCCGAAAAGGAGUGCGUCAAUGAGUACCGCGAGGACAUGAUGAACAAAGCCAUUAAGAAAAUCAGAGCCUUAAACCAAGCGGACUAUGACAAACGGAUUUUAGAGUUUCAGAUUCAGGCUGUACUGGAGGAGAAAGUGAGAAUGGUGAAGAAUAAGCAGAAAACCAUGAAGAACGAGAACCCGUCUGAAGUGACAUUCAGCUGCAGAGGAUGCAGCAAACAUGUUUGCACCGGCGAAGACAUCGAGAUCAUCGAAAACAUGCACAGAGUCAAUGUCAAAGCAGAGUUUGCUGAACUUUACAUUCUGAGAGAAAACACGACUCUUCAAGAGCGACUUCUAGAUUAUGAGACCAAUGGCUACAUAGCAUGCAAAGACUGUGGGCAGAGAUGGGGUUCCAUGAUGCUGUACCGCGGGAUCGACUGCCCCUGCCUCCACGUGAAAAACUUUGUGGUGACAUUCAGCGGGAAGAAGAUAAGCAAGUGCACCAAGUGGAGUGAGCUCUCCGUCAGGUUUUCUGCCUUCGACUACGCCGAACACGCGAGCCAGGUGGCAGACAGCUCAGAUGAGGAAGAAACUUACUGAUAAUCACGUUGACAUUGGCUUCUGUUCAAAUCUCAAACAAUGUGUGUUGCAUGAAUUCCUGCACUCACCAUACUGGUAAAUACAGUAUGUCUUUGUCAUGGUAACUGGAGUUACAGGUGGUAGAUUUAAAGGUGUGGUGACGGAUUUUUGGUAAUGUGAUUCUAAUCCAGUAGAUCCUUUUCAGAUUCAGUGAAUAUAUACUUACACCGCUCUAGUUUUCUGCUCUGUGUUUACUGAAAAACAAAAGUAUUUUGUGGUUGUACGCAGCCCGGGCUGUGCAAAUUUAAAACAAGGUGGGUACGACAGAACUACGCAGCUUGUUACUGGAGCCAAGAAUUGACAUUUUAUGUGAUUGGUCUUAUUCAUGAAUUUGCCUUGUUGCUGCAUCGAUAUUCUAUAAAAAUCAUAAAAUGUAAAAAUCAUAUGUAUCUACUGUAUGAUGAGCACAAAAAAAAAAGAAAUAAAAGAAGAAAAAAAAAA